CCGGUGGCCGCGCGGCACUCUCGGCGGCAGGGCCAUGGCGGGCUGCUGCGCGGCGCUGGCCGCCUUUCUGUUCGAGUACGACACGCCGCGCAUCGUCCUCAUCCGCAGCCGGAAAGUGGGGCUCAUGAACCGCACGGUGCAGCUCUUCAUCCUGGCCUACGUCAUCGGGUGGGUGUUCGUGUGGGAAAAGGGCUACCAAGAAAUGGACUCUGUGGUCAGCUCCGUAACUACCAAAGCCAAGGGCGUGGCUGUGACCAACACUUCUAAACUGGGAUUCCGGAUCUGGGACGUGGCUGACUAUGUGAUUCCAGCUCAGGAGGAAAACUCCAUCUUCAUCAUGACCAACAUUAUCGUCACUAUGAACCAAACACAAGGCCUCUGUCCAGAGUUUCCAGAUAAGUCCACUGUGUGUCACUCAGAUGCCGAUUGUUCUGCUGGCUCUGCUGGCACCCACAGCAGUGGAGUUGCAACGGGAAGAUGUGUGCCAUUCAACCAGACUGUGAAGACGUGUGAGGUGGCAGCCUGGUGCCCAGUGGAGGAAGAUGAGCAGGUGCCACAACCUGCCUUUCUAAGUGCUGCAGAAAACUUCACCCUUUUGGUUAAGAACAAUAUCUGGUAUCCCAAAUUUAAUUUCAGCAAGAGGAAUAUCCUUCCCAACAUCACCAAUACUUACCUCAAAUCAUGCAUCUACAACCCUCUCACAGAUCCAUUCUGCCCCAUUUUUCGCCUGGGAAAAAUAGUGGAGUAUGCAGGGCACAAUUUCCAGGACAUGGCUGUGGAGGGAGGCAUCAUGGGUAUCCAGAUCAAAUGGGCUUGCAACCUGGACAGAGCCGCCUCCUUUUGCCUGCCCAAGUACUCCUUCCGCCGCCUUGACACCCGGGACGCUGAACACAAUGUGUCCCCUGGCUACAAUUUUAGGUUUGCCAAGUAUUAUAAGGACCUGACUGGAGCUGAGCACCGCACUCUCAUCAAGGCCUAUGGUAUUCGUUUCGACAUCAUCGUGUUUGGAAAGGCUGGGAAAUUUGACAUUAUCCCCACUAUGAUCAACAUUGGCUCUGGCUUGGCGCUCCUUGGAGUGGCAACAGUGCUCUGUGAUGUCAUUGUCCUCUAUUGUAUGAAGAAAAAGUACUACUAUCGGGAGAAGAAAUACAAAUAUGUGGAAGACUAUGAACAGCAGGGGCUUACUGGGGAACAGGACCAGUGAUGUCUCCCUUAUUACUGAGCCCCUCUGGGACCACCAUCUAAGCACAUGAAGGAAGAAAAGAAAGGUCUGGCAGAUCACCCCUAAGAGAAAGUUCCAGCUCUGGCCACAGACCCCACUUCAUAGUGCCUGGAAGCACAUUUGUUGU